GGGCUUGCAUCCUAUCCGACCCAUGGACUUGUGGCCCACCCAAGCCCAGGCCAGGCAACCCGCACCGCGUCUCUCUCCUCCCUCCUCCACGGGCACCACGGCUCCACCCGACCAUCUCCGCCGCCACUAACCCGCAGCCCGGCAGCUCAACCUCCCUCCCUCUCGAUCCAACCCCAUCGCAUCCGCCGCGUCGUCGCCGUCGAGGUCGCUCCACCAUGGCGACGCUCCUAGCCCGUCAGGCAGCGCAGGCGCUCCGCGCGAGGCAGACGGCGCAGCUUGGCCCCUUCGCAUCGGCGAUGCAGGGGCACCUCCGGACCUACUUCAACGCUGGGACGCCCAAGAGGUUCAAAGAGGAUGAGGAGAAAGAACAGCUUGCAAAGGAGAUUGCAAAAGAUUGGAAUGCUGUGUUUGAAAGGGGCAUCAAUACAUUGUUUCUGACUGAAAUGGUUCGAGGCUUGAGUCUGACGCUCAAGUAUUUCUUCGACAGGAACGUUACAAUUAACUAUCCAUUUGAGAAGGGUCCUCUGAGUCCCCGCUUCCGAGGAGAGCAUGCUCUCAGACGUUAUGAAUCUGGGGAAGAGCGUUGCAUUGCUUGUAAACUAUGCGAGGCUAUAUGCCCAGCUCAGGCAAUUACAAUUGAGGCUGAAGAACGUGAAGAUGGCAGUCGCCGAACCACAAGAUAUGAUAUUGACAUGACCAAAUGCAUUUACUGUGGUUUCUGCCAAGAGGCUUGCCCAGUUGAUGCUAUUGUUGAGGGGCCUAACUUUGAGUUUGCUACUGAGACCCACGAGGAACUGCUGUACGACAAGGAGAAACUGCUUGAGAACGGCGACCGCUGGGAGACUGAGAUUGCUGAGAACUUGAGAUCGGAGAGCCUUUAUCGCUGAAUUGUUCUUCCCUUGUGAUCUAUAAACUUGGUUCCCACAUUUCCUUUUUUUUUUUGCUGAACCAGCUGAUAAAUAAGCAAACGAUGUGUAACUUGGGUACCAGGUACCGUGUUUUUGUACCUGACACCAUCAGACUGUUGUUGUAUUCAAAGUGUCAGGGUGAAGGUGCACACUGCAUGUUCUUUGUUACAAUCGAUUUCAACUGUUAUCAGCAGAGACGAUAUUUUUGAACAACUGAACAGAAAACUUCUCUGGUCC